AUGGAAGAAAACUUUAAGUUACUCAUAUUUACUAAAACUUUUAUGUUUAUGCUUUUAACUUGGAUAUUUCAUUUUAACGAUGAUUUGGGUAACUUUUAUACAUAUUUUUAUAAGAAUUAUUCCUUUGACGGAAAAUUAUGUACAAUAACUUAUCGUUUACUAGCAAAACAUAAACAAGGGAAGUGUUCAAAUACUAAAUGGAUAAAUGAAGUUAUACCAAAUAAUGGAAAGUACAAACAAAAAGAUACAUAUAACAAUGAAAAAAUAACUAAAGGAAAAAGUAUACGAAUAGAUAAAUGUUCAUCAAAGUGUGGAGAAAACUAUGAAGUACCUAAAAGAAAUGAAUAUAAUAUGUAUACCCGUCGAAAUUCAUAUUGUAAAAAAAGAGCAUUUGACAAAAUAUAUUAUAAAAAUAUAGUUAGGAAUGAAGCUAUUGAAGAUUUUAAGUUUUUAAAAAAAAGUAUUAAAGUAAAAUUAUUUGGGAUUUUUAUUUUAGGUAGCUUCCAUAUACUAGUUGGUAUUGCAUUACUUGUCUUAAAACAAUUGAAUUAUUUGGAUGCAAUUGAUAAACUUUUACCUAUAUUAUCUAGUGAUAAAGUUUUAUCAGCUGUGGUAUUCUUGAUAUUAACAUUUGUAGUUGAAGCAGCAAUUUUGUAUCUGAAUAAAAAAGUUCUAAAAUAUAUAAAGACUUUAGAAAAAAAAAGUGACAUUCAUAAUACGGCAUAUCCUUUAUUACAUAAGGUAGUUUUAUAUAAAAAAUAA